UCCCACCGAAUUUGAAACCAAAAACAUUAGCUUAGCUCAUGUUAGCUUAGCGGAUUAAAUUAUUAACCUGCUGUGUCCUUCAAAUCCAUCCAUUGAGUCUCCACAAAACAUGGGGAAGUUAGCUGCUUUUAUAUCCGUUUUAACUCUAUUGUGUGCUUACGGGCAAAGUGCAGUGGGAAACUCAGUGGGAAGAGGAUAUUCAUAUGCAGAUUGCACCUAUGUGAAAGGAGACAGUGCCCACGAGUAUUCUGGGAGUCGAUGCUUCUGUUACAGCUCUGGUACAGUAAUCAAAUGGAAGGACAUCUGUUCCACCUUCAAGGUAAAUGUGACAAGUGAAGAGGACGUCUUUAUUGUGUUCCCGAUGGAGACACAAAAUUGCAACCAUCCGGAUGAUGCUCUCACUGUUACUAAGUGCUUUGUUGAACACUAUUGGCCAUCCACUAUCCAAAGAGAGAAGUCUUUGGACAUUCCUCUGGUUGAUGAAGAUGUCUGCUUCAUGACCAAAUCGGCUAGAAGCAAUACUGUGUACACACUGCAUGUCUCCAAAAAACGGUUAAAUGGAAUGUGCCUUCUGCUUUUUGUGUGUGGGUUGGCACUGUUUUAUAGAGCGGGAAACAUAUGCAGGAGCUCACUGUUUUUCUACACAGCUGGAGUUUCAUUGGGAGUCAUCGCCAUAUUUGUCCUCCUGACACUUCUCCUCCGAAACGUCAUACCAAAGCGAGGGCUGUUCCUGGUAUUGUUGGGUGCUGGCUCCAGUCUGUCCUACAUCGGGAUCCAGAGGGUGUUAAACGAAUGGGAUGACAUUGUGACUGAGCACUGGAUAGAAUUACUGGUAUAUGUGCUCAUAUCAGGCUUAUUUAGCUUUGCUGUAUGCUAUAAGCAUGGCCCCAUCACCAACAAACACACCCUCAACUUUAUGACCUACUGUAUGCAAGUAGUAGCCAUGGUGUUGCUUUACUAUGGGAUCACAUUCCCCCCUGCCUACUACGUACUGAUUGCUGUCCUGUUGUGCUUGAAGAUUCUGCCCUUGGUCUGGAGCCUUCUAGUGUGGAUUUGCAAGCUCUUCUGCUCAUUCAUAAGUUUGUUCCGGAGGAAGAAACGGUCCACUAUCAGGCUACUGACGGAGGAGGAGUACAGAGAGCAGGGAGAGACUUACACCAGAGCCUCCCUGGAUGAACUACGAGAGCACUGUAACAAGCCUGGCUUUCCUGCAUGGGACACUGUGUUGAGGCUCAGAUCACCGCAGAAGUUUGCCGAGUUUCUGCGCAAUGGGAGCCACAUCAUUCAAGAGGAGCUUCAGAGUCAUGAGAAUCAGUACGGGCUUGGUGGGGCGUACUACGAGAACGUGCUCUUUAACAGCAGCUCCAGCGACACCCAGUCGCAGAGGGAAGGCGCAGAGGACAGUAGCGAGGACGAGCCGGUGAGAAACGGUCCUGCAACCCUAAAUAAUAUCCCCAGUCCUGCUGUAUACGCCCCAGCCGUCUGCCCAUAUCCCCCUGCCACCUACACCCCUCAGCCAGAACCCAUGGAUCCAGAAGACCAGGAUUUCUUUUGAAAUUGGGCUGCAAUCCGUAUGAAGAGUGAUUUUUAUGUUCAUUUUAAAAAGACAUUUUGAAUUGCACAAUAUUGUUUGGAAGGAAUGACUCUUAAGGAACAUUAGUAAGUCCAUGGAGAUUUUAAAAUAGUCGCUCUCUCUCGUUUGUUUGUUUAAAUGAUCUCUUUUAGGCAGCGUGGGCUGUUACUAUAUUUUUUAAGCAGUGUGUAUUCUCAUACCCAAGUGAUGCAGAGCUGGGAAUAACACUGUAUUGUACAAACUGUAUGUUAAUAGAUGGUGGAAAUCAUCAGGACAUCAUAGCAGUCGACUGAUCAAGAGAAUGACUCCACACAUACAGUAUAACGGCAGCAUGUGUAAUUUUAAGGAAAUAGUGCCCUCUAGUGUUAGUUAAAGAAACAGUUCACCUAAAUAUGCUAAUUCCUUUGUGGAAAAAAAGAGGAUGUUUAGCUGAAUCUCCAAGUUGCUCUUGAUCGUGUAGUUAAAUUAAAUAGGGAUUUCUGCUUUACAAAAGCUCCUAAUCCAACACCAAAGCGUCUACAUUUGUUGUGUAUCAAUAUGAUAGAAUAUCAUAGUCAUACUACACUAUAGCAGCCAGAACGGAUUAUAAUUGAAUAACAACAAGUGUCUCGGAACUUUGCGUUUUUUUCUUCUUUCCACUAUUCACAUUUGUUAACGCAUAAAUGUGUUCUGUGUGGCCAUUAUGGAGCCAUUCACUCAGGACUUUUUUCAACGAUUUUUCAUUGUUUUUUGUGCGUAAACAGGGUGUAGACAAGAGAAAUGUGUUUUACCUAAAGUUGCCUUUGUGUCUUUUAAUAGUCUUGACAAAAGUGAUGUGAUAACUCCACUGCCAUGCGUCUCGCGUCAUUCAUACAGUUUUUGUUUUUUUUUAUCGCUGGGUUUCUAUGUAAAUGUGCUAGACCAACAGGGUUUAAAUACAAAAUUAUGCCUUCAGAAGGAUAGUUUAUUAUGUUGAAUAAUUUUAUGGUCCUUUUUGGUAUUUUUACCUUUUUUUCCCAAAAAAAUCUCACAAAUUAAUAGAGAUAUUAAGUUUCGGUGUUUCGGCUUUUGCUCAAAAUUCAUUUUGAGUUCUCCUAAGGUCCCUUGCAAAAGGUUUGUUUUUUUUGCUGGGCUAAUGAAUUGGUAUUACAAGUGAAUGCAAUGUUUCCCUGGUUGCAAAAACAUGAUAUAUAUAUAUAUAUCACAUUUAGAGGCUUUGUAGAAUUUUCAUUUUUGGGUGACCCAUCCUUCUAAUGAAUCAACUCAAAGUAGAUGGUCUGCAUCCAUCCAUACAGGUGUAAAUAUGUAUGUCCUGCCAUUUCAAAUUUUUUUCUUUUUAUGGAACUUUUAUCUGAAGAGAGAAUGUAUGUUUUUAUAAACAUUUCACUUAUAAUUGUUACCAUUCUAUUUAAUUAAAAAUGACACAUGGCUAAAUUCUCAA